UUUAUGGGUUCUCGUCAAGUGUACAUAAUCUCGUCAGGUGAUCAUACUAUCAACACUUAAGUUCUGAAACAUGGAAGUUGUAAAUACGAGAGAUAAAGUAGAAAACGAGCAAAGUUAUAUGAAGAAACAAGAAAACAUCCAGAAUCCAUCUGCACCACCAACAGCCACCACAUCUCCACCAUCGGCAGCAGCAUCUCCAACUCAUGAAUUCUCAUUCACCAUCUCUCUCCACCCACAUCCACCAUCGAAAUCCAAACAAGAUGGGCAUAAGUCCGGCAGUGGUUACGACGAUAGUGACAAUCAAAAAUACCGUAGCGCUAUGACACCACCGCCGGAGCAAUUGACGGCUAUUGACCUUUCUCCGGCGGAUGACAUCUUCUUCCAUGGCCAUCUCCUUCCUCUCCAUCUAUUGUCUCACCUUCCCAUAUCCCCUCGUUCGUCGACAAAUUCAAUGGACAGUUUUACCCUCCCAACGAAGGACAUCCUAAAGGACCAACAUAACCCCAUUGGCAACACUAGUUUCCAUUACCACCACCGGAACACCUUCUCGGAGUUCAACCUGCCCAGCAACAAUGUCAAUCCAAGCAGACCAAAGUCCAAAUCUUUCUCCUUCUUUGGCCGACCCAAAGGGAAAAAAGGAUCCAUUGAUGAGAAAGAUGGAGAUCAUGAAGACGAUGAUAAAGAAAGAAACAACAAUAACUCCAAGAAGAAGCUCAAGUUAGAGGUGGCUCAACUCAUCAAGAGGUAUAUGAAAAUGGUGAGGCCAUUGUUGUCAUUUCCAAAGGGGAAGAAGCCAAAUACUGAAUUUAACCCGCAUCCACAUUCGUUUUCCGGAACCCUGCCGAGCUCCAGAAGAAGUAGUCUGCCGUUGGAGAUGAAUAGAGGUGGUGGGAGGAGAGGGGAGUUCUCAGCACCGGCAUCCAUGAGGACUUCUCCGGCCAACAGUGGAAUACUUCUUACUUCAGGAACCGUGAGCCCAGCCAAAAGCACAACCAGUGAUAGCACCAUGGAAGAAUUACAAGCUGCCAUUCAAGCUGCUAUCGCUCAUUGUAAGAAUUCCAUUGCCACCGAAGAAAAAAUUCAAGCUUAAAACUAAAUAUAUUACAACUUUAGGCGGAAAUUCAAUUAUUUCUCCCUUUUUUAUUCAAGUUUCACAGUAUAAUCAAUCUUGUUAAUCGGUGUAUAUAAUAAUCUUGUCAUAUAUUUAUGU